GAGGCUUUUUCCUUUGGGUGGUGGCUACAAACUUUUCUGUUACUCUGUAGAUUCCGCUGUUCGCCCAACGCUGGAAUGUUCGCAAGACGUGAAAAGUAUACGUGAAAUAUUUCAUAGUUUGCGGAUCUGAACGACUGCACGUGUUAUUAACUAAAACUUGGGUAGAUAUUUCGAGGAACUUGUUAAAGCUGGGAUUGUCUGGCUAAUUGUUACCGAGUUGCUCGGGAGCUAACAAGUAAUUAGCCAGUGAGCUAGCUAGUAAAGCCACGCAAAAGGAGAGAAAACGCCUGGAGACAUCGCGGACCAAUGCAGGCCAUAAAGUGUGUCGUGGUUGGAGACGGGGCUGUUGGUAAAACAUGCCUGCUGAUCAGCUACACCACCAAUGCGUUCCCUGGAGAGUACAUUCCCACAGUAUUUGAUAAUUACUCAGCAAAUGUAAUGGUGGAUGGCAAACCAGUCAAUCUGGGUUUAUGGGACACAGCAGGACAGGAAGACUACGACAGGCUCCGCCCUCUCUCCUACCCUCAGACAGACGUGUUUCUGAUCUGCUUCUCCCUUGUGAGUCCUGCCUCUUUUGAAAACGUUCGUGCUAAGUGGUACCCAGAGGUGAGACAUCACUGCCCCAACACUCCAAUCAUCCUGGUGGGAACCAAGCUUGAUCUGAGGGAUGACAAGGAUACCAUUGAGAAGCUGAAGGAGAAGAAGCUUACUCCCAUCACCUACCCUCAGGGCCUGGCCAUGGCUAAAGAGAUCGGAGCUGUGAAAUAUCUGGAAUGCUCAGCCCUGACGCAGCGCGGCCUCAAGACGGUGUUUGACGAGGCGAUUCGAGCUGUUCUCUGCCCUCCCCCUGUGAAGAAGAGGAAGAGAAAAUGUUCUCUGCUCUAGACAGUGAGCAAGUCCUACAAUCCCAGCUGUAUUUUGAGGGAUAGGAAUGAGAUGGUGCACUUGUUCCCAUUUUCCUCUUUAUUUUUUAUUUUUUUUUUGGUGACUACAAGUUUAUAUCCUCACACAACUGAACAUAACCUCUAGAUGUAGGAACGGGACACAAACACCUCAAAUCCAUGUUCCCUUAUACACACCCAUUUUGAUUCAAAUUGAUAUGACCUUUCAACAGAUUUUUCUCUUUUUUUUUUUUUGGCUAUAGUUAAUCUCUUUUAAGAGCGCUGGUGGUUUGUUUACAAGUCAUCUUUGGAAUGAAAUAGGUCUUGCCAAAUAGCACUACAGUACCCACUGCAUACACUACAAAAUUUGGUUGAGUUCUCUUCUGAUGUUUGCUGAACAGGUCAUGGUUAGACAAGAUAGAACUAAAUAUUUGAGAGUCCUAUUCGUUAAAGAACUCACCGUAGAGUCUGUCACCUAACACUAAUCAGUACUUGUCACUGGCUACACGUUGGUAUUACAGUUACUGUCUUGCAUUUAAUACUGUAACAUAUUAGACCUGAAUAACAGUGCUAGCAUAGCUUCAGUGUUUCUUGAGUGCUUCCUAUGAGCACUGUUGUACCUCCUUUUUACAUGAUAAAUGAUUUAUGCCCAACUAAUGACCUUUUUGAAUACCUAUAAUCUUGUCUGCAUAUCCUCCCUAAAUAAGUUCAACUGCAGUCUAAAAGAUUUUAUACUCGGCUAGGGAAUUUGAAGCAUCUCUGAAUAAAACAUGGUAUAGGGCUAUCAAUCAUUUAAUGGUUUUAAUGCAUUAAUAAUAAAUCUUGUAUUAAAAUGUCUUUUUUUUUUUCCUUUUUUUUUCUCUAAAAAAAUCUGACGUUAAAAAAGGCAACACUACUGUUGGAUUAUGACACGAAAGGACGUUUAAGUAGCUUUUAUUUUUUUUUUUUCAUUUUAGUCCUUGUAUUCCCCUCAUAGCUAAUCCUAUUUUUAACUAAACUUUUACUUUGUACACUAACAUUUAACUGUCACUUUUGUCAUCUGGAUAGUAUGUUUCUUUCUAAUGAAUUGAACUCGAUGAACAUGUCAUGCAUCGUGACAUUUGGAGCUUGUUUUUACAUACUUCCUUUAAACUGUCCCAAAAUACAAGUACACAAUGUGCAUUUGCCAUCGUAAAUCUGUGUGCACAGUUAGAGCCAAUGUUGUAACCCUGUUUUUUAGGGCUAUAUCUAAUCACUUGUUUUGCAUAAAUGGUGACAGAAAUAAAGCAGAAUUAAAUGUG